AUGUCGCGCAUGGGAGCACCGGCGAGCAGUCGCAACCUGAGUCUGACAGAGGAGCUCGAGAGACUCGAACAGUCAAUUACUCUGACACUGCAAGGCACGUUGAUCUGGCCCAAGGCCCAUCGCAUUGUAACGUCAAGCAUCCUGCCCGUCGUCGACCAAUACGCUCAACACUCUCGCGACGUCUGGGAAGGCUCUCGCUUCUGGAAGCAGUUCUUCGAGGCAUCGGCCAAUGUCUCCUUGUCUGGCUACCAGGAGGGCGCACUGGAAGAGGAUGCGAGCCACAACGACACGACUGCUCAGGAAACUACCUACAACGAGCCCUCUGUCGACGACGUCGCCGACAGGACUGUGACACCCACCGCCCACGACUAUCCCCACGACGACGACGACGACGACGACAACGACGACGACACGUCCAUCAUCGAUUCUCCCUCCAACACCACGGGCGUCCACAGCACACCGCAGAUCAAGACCAAACAAAAGCACUUUGCUUCNCCCUCGCCCAUCAGGCCCUCGUCAGACCAGAUCAGCACCCCCAUGCGCGACACGCUGAACUUCCAGUCGUCUCCGUUCGAGCCUCCGUCAGCCUACCAACCCUCGACUGCCCAGCGCCAACAGAAUCCCGAUCCUCUUAUGCACCGCAUCAUGGACCGCAACUUCCGUAUUCAAGCUACACCCCACACUGCUCGUAAACAGCCGCGUCCUGUAGCCACCGAAACCCCUGCAUCCGCCCACCAGAACCAAACACAAACACGUACUCGCAACCUGUUUGCCGACAGCAGCCCCAUGAGCAGUCCUGAAAUGGCCGCCCCUCAACUCCGCUCCGAUCUGUUUUCCCCUCAAAAGUCUCCGAGAAAGGCCCUCCAAGUUCCACACACUCCCGGCAUCUCUGUUCAGACUCCCGGACGUGACCUCAUGACGAGCACCGGCCGUGCCUUGUUCACCGAUACCAAGGACAAAACUACGCGUACCCUCUGGGACCAAGAAUCUGAUAGCGACGACGACUUUAGUAUCAGUCCUCCCAAGACUAUGCAAUUCCACAUUCCCCAGUCCCGCCUUAUGCAGACCCCAGCACGAGAGGCCAGUAGGAUCAUUGUCGAUGACUUGUUAGCCACAGCUGGCGCCGACCGUACUGAGUCUAUUGAGGGUGAUAGUGUCCCCGACAUCAGCCCCAGCCUCGUCAGAAGGAAGUGGGAUGACGACGACACUUUCUGA